AUGGCGCGGAACAAGAAGCAGAAAUUGCAGCCCCCAAUCGCCAGUCUCAAGAUCGAGGCUCCAUCGGGUCACAAGGCGUCAGCACCAGCUCAACUUCUAGGCAGACUUCCGGUAGAACUACAACUGCGCAUUCUUUCCCAUUUGCCAGCCAAGCAGAUCCACUCCUGUCGCCGCAUCGAUCACCACUUUCACGACAUGAUUGAUCUGAAAGAAAACCGGGGCCCUCUGACAGGACCAAGCAUCGCCGCGUCGAUGGGACGAUUCGACGUCUUCGUAAAGAGAUACUGCGGGUUUCCGCUCGAAUCCAAAGACGGCGGGCCAGGUAGUUUCCUAGACGCAGUUACCGACUACAUUGCAGUCUGUGGCAUCCGAGAUGUAGACUGGGUCAAGAAAAUCGACAGCUUCAUGCAGUUUCUGGUCCAGAGAUCAAACGACCACUCUCCAAACGGAAGUACUUUCUCCGGAAGGCCAUCCUGGCAACUACGUUUCCAUUUCAGCGAGAUUUGCACUUAUGCCGUCGGAAAUUUCGAGCAUCGCAUCCAAAACGUCUUUGACCAGAUCUACGGAGAGAAAGUGGAAAUCAUCAUCGACAGGAUGAGGACGUUCUUGAAGCAGCAUGCGAAACAACCAAUAGAAUAUGUUCCGAAACAUCAAAUAACGAGACCUCAUCUACCUCUCGCACCAGGAAUGCCCACGCUUGCACGCGCUCCUCAGAUGCCGCAUGGUGGCCGUGUCGUUGGCGUGCCUAUCCUACCGAGAAGUUCUCCCUUCGCGUAUUACGCAGCUUCGAGAUCGGCUCAAGCCAGGAUUCUUGACAACAGGGCUGAUGAUAGAGCGCUCAAGGGUGUGGAGAAAGCGGUGCUGCUGGAAGAGAUGUUCAUUGCUUGUAUGUGA